ACGUUGUUCAGCAUGGCUAGUACUAGAAUCGGCUGUGUUUGUGUUCUCGUUUCUAGGGAUUUUUCUAGGGACUGUCGGUCAUAUUUAGUUUCAAUGUUGGUAGUAGAAGGUUUUUUGUGACGGUGUUGUAUGUAUGUUACAUGCAGCCUGGUAUAGUCCUGAUAAGUACGUUUUGGAGUUUUGACCGGGAAGAAGUGAUUUAUUAAUUAAAAUACAUAUAUUUACAUUAUUGAAAUAACCGGAAAACAAUAAAAAUAUCAAAAUGGAAGAGAAAUUGCGUCAAAUGGAAGAUGAAAUGAACAGGUUCGAGGCUGAAAUUGGUAGUCAGUUAGUUACACCUAUGGUAAGGCCUGUAAUUGGUGCAAACACUUAUAAUCAAGUAGCUAGACAAUUAGAGCAACAUGAACUACCAACACCAGUUGUUGCUGCAGCUGCAGCAUCAUUAGCUUUUCCUCCAAUGAUGGGAUUUCCACCUCCUCCACCACCACCGCCACCACCACCUCCACCACCACCAAUGUUAAUACCACAGCAAGUUGCAAGACAAGGUACGGUUCCUUCUAUUACAACAUAUUCAUCACCUGCACAGAUAAGUAAUCCGUAUUUAUCAAAUAUGGUGGACCCAUGUUUAACUGCUACUCCAAAAACAUACGAAUCUACGUCAACACCAAUGAUUCAUCCGGAAAUUAUUGAACAGAUUAUCAAUACAAAAAUCCCUGAAGAUGACAGCAAAAAGAAGCCCAAAGUAAAAGGUGUUAGUACAGCAGCAGAAUUAGCAAUUAGUCAAGGAAAGGCUAGUUCUAUUAUGGCUAAUGCUAGUGCAGAAGAGAGUCAUCCAAAAGGUAAAGGAAAGAAGAACAAAAAAAUUGUACGAAUGGCUGGUGGACAAAUUUGGGAAGAUCCUUCUUUGUUAGAAUGGGAUGAAGAUGAUUUCAGAAUAUUCUGUGGAGAUUUAGGAAACGAUGUCACAGACGAGAUGCUGGUAAGAGUUUUCGGCAAAUAUCCCAGUUUUCAGAGGGCAAAAGUAGUUAGAGAUAAAAGAACGAACAAGACGAAAGGAUUUGGAUUUGUCUCUUUUAAGGAUCCUCAAGACUUCAUCAAAGCAAUGAAGGAGAUGAAUGGACGGUACGUGGGCUCGCGUCCCAUAAAACUGAGGAAGAGUUCAUGGAAGCAGAGAAAUUUGGAGACAGUGAGGAAGAAAGAGAAAGAGAAACAAACGUUAAUUGGUUUGCUGACCGGACGGUGACGUGACACCUUCGCUCUUCUUUUCGUUUACGCCCUUAAGUGGAUUAUAUGUGGUUUUAUCGAAAGAAUUCUCACCACAUUAACGUAUAUAAAGUAUUCUCCACGAUUGAUAGGUUGUUUUUAACAAUCACAAUUCGUUGGAGUAAAUACGUUCGUAAAAGUUGUUGAGAUCGUAACAUGCAAUCAAUUACUAUGUAAUAUUACUUGCAAAAUAUGAA